UGGCCAUGCGCGAAGUCCCGGACGUCCCCAAUGUCUCCAAUUUUCCAUCGUCCAUGCACCCGGCAGAGUUGUAGCAACAGGGCCGACUAGCCAUUCUCAACGGGGGAUGGGUACCAUUUUGAUUUUUUCUUUUUGGUAGUUUUUGCUUGCCUUUGCUACGCAACCCCCACCCACAGUCACUCCCUUCUGCCGUUUUGCGUGCGACAUCCACUGAUUCCGACGAACCGACACCGAUUUUCGUCUUCCUCUCUCCUCCUCCCUCUCCCUCUCCCUCUCUCCCCCCUCUCUCUCUUCCUCCACCGAACCGACCACAGCGCUAUGUCAUGGAUCAUCUCCUGGACGUCGCUGAUUCCAACACUGCUUAUCCUGUCGGCCAGUCUUGCCUGGUGGUUCACCGAGCCUAAGAACGCCCGCAUAAAUCUGAUUGCGGCUGUUGGAGUGGUUCUUUUCUGCUGGGCCGUCGCUCCCGAGCUGUCGCGCGACCUCUCGUACUCGCUGUACGUGUCCAGCCUCGACUCGGUCACGGCUCUCCAUCUCGAGACUUUUGUUCUGAGAAACGCCAACAUGUUGUUAGUGGGAGCUGCUGUAGUCUGGUUGGUGGGAAGGGCAUUCCAAACGCUGCGGAAACCCGUCCCGGAGUUGAUCAACACCUUGGGCGUCGAUGUCCCCGAUCCGCCCGACGUGUCCCUAGCGGGAAUCAGAGCCGAUGCUGCCACUGUGAACUGGACGCGGCCCGCGCCCAACCGAUCAGUUGUAAAGUUUCUGAUACAAGUAAAUGGAGUGGUUGUGGGGGAGGUCGCUGCGAACCAAGAACCGGCCAUUGUCGUCAGCGGCUUGAAGCCAGACCAUUUUUACAACGUUCGGGUCAUCGCGGUUGGCUCGAAUAACUUUCAGGGUGGAAGCCGAGUCAUCCGGCUCAGAACCUUUGCCCGAGAUGGACGGCCACAACUCGGCAACUCCAGAUUGCCAUCCAACUUCACAGCCGAGGAACCGCCCGCAACACCCCAUGGCGAGUCGAUGGACGAAAGUGGAGGGGCCCGAACGGCGUUCCCCGCACUCGAGAUGGCCACUGUCACGGAAGGGAUAGCAUCACCUGCACGGGAUGGAAAUACGAAUUCUGGACCAGGGCCCCGUCGAAACACUGUGACUAGGAAACACUCGCCGUCGACCACGAGCAUCGACCAGUCAACCAGGGAGGACUUGAGCGCCUAUGCGAAGAAAACACUGCCAGAAUUGACGGAAAAAUUCGAGAGCAUUAGAAAAGAAACAGAGGAGGUGCUGGCUCAAAUAGCAAAAGAGGAGGCUGAAAAUAGAAAGGUGCUGGAGGAAUUAGAAGCCGAGAAGAAGGGAAAGAGGAAGGAGCAGAAGAAAAAGGAGGAGCAAACCGAGAAAUUGAAGCGGGAUGUGAACUCGACAGACCGGGCGAUGCGAAACGCCCUGCAACGAAAGGGCCAGAGAGAGAAGACGCUGAAGGAGAAGCAAAGUGAAAGAGAAAAGUAUCAUGAAAAUAUUGCCAAGUGGGAAAGAGGUGUAGGUGAGAUGCGCAAGGACAGGGAAAGUUUUGAUCAGCAGAGGAAAGAUUUGGAGGAAGAGCGUGAUCAGAAAGCCGAGGCCUUCCGAGGAGAUAACAACGAGCUCCAAGCUGAGUGUACACGACUGGAGCAAGAAUUGAAGGAAAGGAGAGAUCAGGUCCGAGAACUGGAAGAGGCCCGGAAGAAACUGCCUGGCGGAGAAGAUGACGGCGAGUGGCGUGAGAAGGACGCCGAAUUGAAGCGGGAAUGGCACCGCAGACACAGAGAGCUGUCCGAACAACUGGUGUUCGAGACUAAGAGAUCUCGAGGACUAGAUGAGCAUAUCCGCGCCCUUGGUGCUCAGCUGCAGGCUAUUCCUCAGCCAAGCUAUGGGCUUUAUACACCACCGAACGCUUCGGGAUUAGAGUUUGAUAACCCAACACUUACUCAGCUCAAGCGCCGGAGCCGAAACAGCAACACAAUGUCGAAUGUGUCUAUUUCAUCGCCAUUGCCAGCCUACUCACAGAUCGAUCCGAUUCUUUCAGCCCCGACGGGGUUUGCCAGUUCACGAUCUCUGAAUGCGCCACCUGGUUUUGCCCCAGGACCGUUUAUGGACCUGUCGGCAGACAUGGACUUUCGGGGGUCAUCAGCCCCUCUAAGUCCUUCCGCCACGGCACUUUUGCCAUCCAACAUACUCGAUGACUUUGACGACGACGACGAUGACCCAAGUCCGACGACUUUUCACGAUCCUGAGCCAUUCUUGCAAAGCCAGCGGGCCUCACCCGAGCAAGCUCCUCAGUCUCCUGCCUCGUCGGGCAAGGCUCUGAGCAUCCUGUCCAGCCCUCAUGGAUCCACAAGUAACCUCCCCUUCCCCCCCUUCUCUAACGAAAUUUCAGAGAGGAUGGUUGGCACUCUGCCAUCCCCAACUAUAGCCGAAACCCCUCAGCACAAGGGCUUCUUUUGGCAACGCUCCAAGACUGUCAAGGAAGAGGGGGAGAAAGAGCCACCUCUCCUAGGGAGUUUGAAGCAAGGUCAAAGCCAAUCUUUCCCACGGCAGACAGAUGAUCCAGACAUGGCCAACAAGCGGCGGAUCAGCAUUUCAGGCAGCUGGAAUGUCUUUAACCGAAACUCAGUUGGGCCUGAGAUCACAGAAGGCCAGGCCACAACAAACACACACGCAUUUGCAAGAAGCCUAAACCCCUUUUCCCGUAGGCCUACCGGUGGUCUCUUUGACCGUGACCCCAGCAGCCCGCGACCUACCAGCAUCGCGUCCUCCGACUUCCCCAGACCCUCCACUGACUCAGGCUCCAUCUGGGGACCACCCAUGGACGCCUCAACCCUAAACAAAAAUAGCCGUCUCUGGUCGCCCGAUAACGCCCCCUGGUCCAGGAACCCCUCCCGACGGCCUUCGCUCCAUGGAUCUCCCUCGGCACUCAAGACAACCCUCGCCUCGGCCGACGACGAAAUUCUCGACGACGAGGAAAUGCUUUCCAACGUGGACGUCGGCGUCAUCGGCAGCCGGCUGCCGACCCAGUCCGCCAACAAAGCCGCCUCGGCCGCGCUCGGUCGGUUGAACCCCAAUGCCCCCGCCUUUAUAGGAUCCCUCUUCAAAUCCAACCCUGAAAAGCAGAAGGAGAAAGAAGUCAAGGAAAAAGCAAAGGCAGAGAAGAAAAAGGCUAAUAAGGAGAAGGCUGCCGAGAAGAAGAAGGAGAAAGAAAAGGAGGCUGCGACAGUUCCGGACACGCCAAGUCAGCAGACGCAGAAUCCUAUUUUCGAGAUGGAGUCGCCCGCAGAUUCGAGGAAGUCGAGGGAUGGAGCCUCGGUUCAUACGCUUCACUCGUCGGUUUCGAUCUCUGAGUCCCGCGACUCUCUCACGCUCGACCAGUCAUUCUCCAAUACACCCUCCGAACCCGCCAGCGCAGGACUCUCAGGCUCAUUCAAAGACGAGGGCGUGGUCCGCAAACUCUUCCGAAAGGGCUCCUCGAGCAAGUUUAGUCUUCCCGGACGUCUUGGUGGUAACAGUGCCAAGGAGAAUAUCACCAGCGCUGGGGGUUUGUUUAAGAAAGGACCCAGCAGCGUUGCCAGCACCGCGCCUUCCGACCGCAUCGACCCGAGAUCUAGCAUCGGCGACUUUGAAGACUUGGGGGAUGAAGCGAUGGGGGUUUUGGCUGGGGUAUUGGGGAAGAGUUAUGAGUGUAGUAGUCCUGGGUUGGGACCUACGUCUGCUGCUGCUGCUGCGAAGGGGACCACGAAAGAAGGGGGGACGGCGGCGAGCAGGUGGUUGAGUAGUUUUGGGAAGAAGGGGAAGAAGAAUAAUGAGAAUACCAAGGAGAGUUUUGAUUUCGAGAGGGCGCAUGUGGGGGGUGAGUUGGAUGGGUUGGUUGAGGAGAAGGUGUAA